UGGUGCGAACCAAAACACCUCUUUUUAUUCGGCCAUUGCUGCUCUAAAUAUUGACCAAAUUUCAUGUUUUUGGUAUCUUUGUAAAGAAGAAGAAUCAUUCUUUCAGGUCAUGUGUUUGGAUUUUUAAAAGAAUGUUGUAAUAUAGGAAAAACUUUUGAUCUAAAACAUGAAACAAAAUAUUUUUUUUUCAUGCAACAAAAGUUGUUGUUUUCACACUUAAUUUCUGUUUGGGCACAAAUGAUUUUUAGAUCAUGAUAAAGCUGAAGAUCUAAGCUUUAAUAUGAGAUAAUUUUCAUAAGAAGAUGUAUUUUAGAUGGGUCAGCAGCCAGCUUUUCAUAGGCCAAGUACAUUUUGCAGCUCAAAAACAAGAAUACUGCGCUCUGAUUGGUCAUAGAGACCACACACCCACGCCAAUUCCAAUGUUCCCCACACUGGGCCUCUGCAAGGUCACACUCACCAUGUGGUAAUCUCUUCAAAUUACUCGCGUCUGUUUGUUUUGAAAACAGUAUUCAGCCAAUCAGAACUCUGGAUUUUAUGUUACUCAGAAAUUUCAGAAAUCUCGUCUUGCAUCUUGAUGCCACAUAUCAAGAGUGACAUUGUAAGAAAGUAUAGAGUUUGAGCUUUCUGAUGAUAUAAAUAAUGUUGGUGCCUAAAACACAAAAUGUUGUACAAUUUGCAAGUGAAAACAGAGGAAGAAAAUUCUGUUUGAUGCAUCUGUUCAGGUAAAAAAUUCACUUAUUAAUCAAAAUAUUUCAUUCAAAAGAAAUGACCAAUAUAAAAGAGUAACAUUUACUCUUGCCCAUGGUACAAAAAUAAUCAAUAUUACUCAAGGAGAAAGUGGUUAAAUUCUUUGAGAAAGAAUGUCUCACAAUUCACGAGAUUUUGCAGGGACAUGAAUUCAGCCACGAGAGGACUUGGAUAAAUCUUGCUCAUUUGCUCAUUAACACAGGGGCUUGCUGACUGACUGCAUUCACAUACAAAAGAUAUAUUGAGUGUGUGACAUCAAUGGCUCUGUCAUUCACAUACUCCCAAUGAUUAGCACUUCACUAUUUUAAGCAAAAAUUGAAAAUGUUAUUUUGUAUCCAUGUUUGAUAAAAUGUCAGUGUUGUGCUUGAUUUUUUUCUCUCUUUUUAUUUAACUUUAUGUUAGGGUUGACUUGAAUUCUAUUUGUUAAAGAUUGAAUAUACAUGUUCAUGGUCUCCCAGGUACAAAAUGUGAAUAUCUUUUAUUUUAAGAAUUCAUCUCUUUUUCAUUCUGCUUUGUUCUGCUGCAGACAUCAAGAGCUUCCAAAGAAGUGAUGAAACCGCUCUAUGACCGAUAUCGUACAUUGAAGAAACUUAUCAAGAAUAAGGAGUUACGAAGAAGCAUAAGUGAAGAGGCCAAUCCUUCUGAUUUGAAUACCAUUGAGGAGCAUAUAGAAACAAGAGAAUUCAUACCUAAACAUAUGGGGCCUGUUCACAGUAAAUAUGAUAUGGAGCAGGAAGAAGAAGGUGAAGAAGAUGAUAUGUUUGGUACAACAGACUUCAGGGUCACCCAGAUGGUAUCACCGAGUCAGAGGUCAUCUGGAAGGUCACCAUCUGACCAUGAUGAUCUGUGUGAGAGUCCAUCUAGGAAUGAUUCUCCAUUCAGUCCAGCUAGUGCUUCAUAUCAUGAGGCAUCAUUGGAAGAACUUCGGAUGAGGAGAGACCAGUCUCUGAAUGAGAAGAGACACCUACGUCGAGUUCUGAAAGACUUUGAGGAAAAUUUUCUCCAGGAGACCGGUCAAAGAGUUCAAAAAGAAGACCGAAGUCCUAUGGAGAUAGAAUAUGUUCAGUACAAACAUGUCAAGAAACAGUUGAAGCUUCUGAAUGCCCUUAUUGCCAAACACCAAUCACAGACCUUAGCAGCAGUCACAUGACAGUCUUCAGCCAAUCGUACAAAUAUUUUACCUUUAAUGUCACAUGAUCAAAAUGAGUCACCUGAUCAAAAUAUAUUGUCACAUGGUCAAGAAGUAAGAUGCUUGAGAAUAAGGGGUAAGUGAAAUUUGACCCUUACUAUCACUUAUGUUCACAUGAAAAAGGUAAAAUUGAUAUUGCCUCAGCAUCAAUUUGCAGUCAUAAUUUCUAAUCCGUCCAGCUCAGUUUCAUGAUAAUAUGGAAUAGGAGCUGAUUUUUGUUUUGCCUAAAUAAGAAUACCAUGGUUAUGAAUUAUAUCAAUGAUACUAUCAACAUGAGAGUGAGAGUGAUUUCUUCUUUUUUUUAUUAGGUAAAAUUUAUUAUGAGAGAAAUGGUGAUUACAACAUAAUUAGAAUAGAGAUAAGUACAUGUAAAUACAAGUGUUUAUUUUAAUGUUUGCAACAUACAUAUCAAGUGCAAAGAUGCUGAGCCACAGAAUGGCUCAGAAAUGGUCUUCAUACCUGUAUCGUGUUAUUGACUGUGAGAGAGAUCAUUUAAAUAAUAACGAUUUUAAUAUUUCAUGAUAUGUAGCAUUUAAUCAAUCAGAAAAAAGCUCUUUUUCAGAUAUUACCCCAGGUGCAAGAGUUUGUCUGAUAUUUUCUGCAUACUUCAAAAAAGAAUCAAAUACUGUGUAAAAUAUAUUUUCCAAAAUAAAAAAAAAGAAAAUGCAAAUUCGACUUUUCCUGCCCCUCAAGCCCAAAUAUGUCUGAAUAAAUUUAUAUCUUAUGAAAUAAACUACCUUGUGUGUUUUAUCAGGAAAUAUUUGAGAAUAUAUUUCUAAUCCAUUACUUGAGAUUAUCAUAAGCCUUCCAGAAAUUAAUGAAAAAUAAGGCUUCCUUUCAUUGUACAUAUAAAAUCCGAAGAAAUUUUGUUUAAAGAUUUUUGACCUUUUCAGUCUGUGCCUCAAAAUAUCAAACCCGAAGGAAAACCAAACGAGACUGUUUUGAUAAAUGGUACUUCAUUUCAUUGGAUAUGCCUUUAAUACCUUAAUUUAAACCACUACUUGUCAAUAUCAUUGCAUAUCAUUGCUAAUUUUAGACCUCUAGUAUAGCCCUUUUUAUUUGAUUGAUUUAAAAUUACAUGUUUAAGUAUCAGUUGGUAUAUUGGUACAUAAACUGUAGUUUUAUGCAUCAAAAUACAUAAUUACAUUCAUCUUUUAUUAUUCUGAGGCAUUUUUAGCCAUUAUACCAAAUGCAUUAUGAUUAAGAGUUUUAAAUGUGUAAACGUCUGUUUAUUUGCUUAAUGAUUUAUUUUUCCUGAGAAACUUGCACAAGUAUUGAACUAUGUACAUAUUCAUAGGACCUAGAUCAAGUAUAUCCUGUUUAUAUUCUACCAUUGCAUUGAAGUGAUUUUACAACAUUUUUAUUCAUUCAUUCAUGGGAGGUGAACCAUAUGUAAGUUGCACAUUUGCAACUCUCAGCAAGUGUUUUACAAAGAUUGAAGUCUGAUUGUUCUUAAAUUCCAAGUUGAAUUUGUUACACCUCCACAUUGGUCACAUCAUACUCAAGAGGUCACACACACAUUACAUGUUAAGUAUCAUGUGUGUGUUUACAUUAAAUCAACUCAUUGUUUAACCUCCCCCUGAACUGAAUUUUUCAAUAAUCCUCAUCAAAUUUCACCAAACUCUAUGCACUUUGCAUUAUGAUCAUUAAGAUUUGUUGAAGGUCAAGUUCACCCAAGAAAAGUGUUGAUUUGAAUCAACAGAAAGUCAACAAGCAUAGUGCCAGAAAAUUCAUCAAAAUCUGACAUGAAAUAAGGAAGUUAUGACUUUUUAAAGUUUCGUUUAUUUUUCACAAAACAGUAAUAUGCAGAAAUCGUUGACAUGCAAAUGAGAGAUUCAAUGAUUUCCUUCACUCACUAUUUUUUUUUUAUUGUUUGAAUUAUACAUUAUUCAAGUUUUACAGUUUUGAAAAUUGGGAACAACUUGACUGAACCUUAAAAUGUUCAAAUAAACAAUGGUAAUUCCAUAUAUUAAGGGAGCUUAUAAAAAAUGUUUCACAGGCCAAUAAGGAGAAAGUUUGAAUAUUUCAUAUAAUAAAUCAAAUAAGAAAUAGUGGGUGAUGUCAUCAGUCCCUGCAUUUGCAUACUGACCAGGAUGUGAAUGUAACUAUUU